UGAGACGCCAUUACAGGGAGGAGAUCUGAGCUGAAACACGAAGGUUUACUGGAUCUUAAAGAAAAAGCUGCAGAAACUUUGACUUGGUGAGUUCUGGUUCUGGAGUGGUUCUGUAGAAAAUGGCAGAAAACACUGCUCUGAUUGAACGUUUCCUGAGCUGCCAUGUUUGUUCAGAGACUUUCAGAGAUCCUGUGUCUCUGAGCUGCAACCACAGCUUCUGUUCAAACUGCCUGCAGAAAUUCUGGGAACAAACUGGAAACAAGAACUGUCCCAUCUGUAAAAGAAAAUCUUCUAAGGAUAAUGUAGGAAUACAUUUCACUCUGAAGGAACUGGCUGAUUCUUUUACUGGAAGACAGAAAUCUGGAUCUUCAGAGACAGAAACAGGAGAAAAGCGGCUGAUGGUCUGCAGUAAACACCAAGAAGACCCUAAACUGUUCUGUGAAGACGAGCAGAGAGCUGUGUGUCCUGUCUGUGAGUUUUCUCUCCACCAGAGUCACAAAGUGGUUCCUGUUGAACAAGCAGUCAGAGAUCUGAAGCAGCAGCUGAAAUCUGACUUAGAGUCUCUGCAGGACAAGAGGAACAAACACAAACAAGUGGAGAAAACAUACCAUGAUGUGAUUCAACACUCCAAGAAGCAGCUGCUGUCCACAGAGAGACGGAUCAGAGCAGAGUUCAACAAGCUGCACCAGUUCCUGAGAGAGGAAGAGGAGUCCAGACUGGCAGCUCUGAGGGAGGAAGAGGAGCAGAAGAGGAAGACUAUCAGCAGAGAGAUGAAGAGGAUUGAGGAGCAGAUCUCCUCUCUGUCAGACAGCAUCUCUGCUGUUGAAGAAGAGCUGCAGAAAGACAAGGUGUCGUUCCUCAGCAGUUAUAAAGCCACUCAGAGCAGAGCCAGAGGUCAGAGGUCACUGCCAGAUCCACAGCUGGUCUCAGGAGCUCUGAUAGAUGUGGCCAAACACCUGGGCAACCUGUCCUUCAGAGUCUGGGAGAAGAUGAAGGACCAGGUGAAGUUCAGUCCCGUCAUUCUGGACCCAAACACUGCAAGUGGAUUUCUCUACCUGUCUGAUGAUCUGACCAGAGUGAGAUGUGGAGAAACAUGGCAGCAGCUUCCUGAUAAUCCAGAGAGAAACAUGAUGUAUGCCAGUGUUUUUGGUUCUGAGGGCUUCAGCUCAGGGAAACACAGCUGGGAGGUGGAGGUGGGAGAUUAUCCUGACUGGAUUAUCGAAUCAGAAAUCGAUGUUCAUCAGAACUCCAACAGCAGUAACUGUUAUAUCAGGAUGAAGAGAUGGGAAGAAAGAACUUUGAACAAUCAGGAUUUAAAUGUUUGAAGGUUAAGGGUUUUGUUAGGACACAAAGAAAGAGUUCAGAGUCAAGAGAAUAGCAGACAAACCUCCUGAUUCUGCUCUUGACUUCUGAGUCUCUUCCAGAGUCUCCUGGUUCUGUUGCAGCCCGGAUCCUUCAGUUUGGACCUCUAGCUCUGUUCAUGGUUCCUGUGAAACAUCACAAAGUAAAGUGAAGAACUCGGUCCACUGACUCGAUGUUCUGAUCUCUGGAUCAUCAAACUCCUGCAGGAAUUGUUCUGAUCAAUAUGGCAAAGUCCAAUGAUGAUUAUUUUUAAUAUGUUUCAAACUCUUCCUUAUAAAAACUGUUGGCAGAAAUUCAGAAAGGAAACAAAGAGGCCAGAUUACUUAAAUGGAUCUUUAAAGUCACAG